AGUCAUCGCUGUCACUGCUUCAUCAAAUCAUGGGUUUAGAGAAGUUUUUUGACAAGUUAGAGGAGUGGCGGGUCUACCGUGCGCAUCUGAGCUUGGAUGAGCGCGAGGCCAUUCAACGAAAGCUCUGGUCUCAUGCUUUGCCUCAUUGGAAACGCAGUUCGCAGAAGCUCAAGGCUGAUGCUGCUGCUGGUCCUAAACGUGGGAACCGAACAAAGGGUGGUACCUUUAAUAGUUCAAACUCGAAGUCCUCCGCCGCUUCCUCUCCCGGCGCCGUUUCUUCUCCCGGACUAAGUUCGUCUCCUGAAGUAGACGGUUCUUCGGCACCUCCGAAGGUUCCGGUUGAUCCGAGUACUUCUGAUGGAGGCGCGCAGGACAUCGAAAGCUGCGGUGUCGUGUUCAUCAUACAGCGGGGUGAAAUCGUCAACCUCUUGGAAGAGUACAGACGCGUGGGCCGAAGACGGUUUUUGAGGAGUGCCUUCAGACUCCCAGACCCGGAGAAAGUACUCAGAGAGGGAAAGCUCGCGAAGCUGAUCCACGAUCUAGAACAUGGGGGCUUGAAAGAAGAAGGCGACGAGGGGGCGGAAGAAAAUUAUGCGACUAGUACGGGGAAAGAGGAGGGGACGAGGAGGACUACGAGUAAAGAAGAAAGUACUGCUGGUGCAGCAGGAGCAGCAGGGGCAGCAUCCUCGUCAGGUGGAGCAGCAGCUGGCGCGACUACAACAGCAACGGGUGCUGGUCUCGAAGCGGGAGAGAAGCCUUUAGAUGGCGCCACUACUUCUGUUGAAGAUUCUGCUGCUCAGAUGAAAGAAGGCCAGCACAGCAGACCUGCUGCCCUUUGUGCUCCUUCCUCACAAGAGGUUCUUAUUGAUGAUUUAGAAUAUCUCAGCGGACUCAGAGAACGAGGUGCUGGAGGCGCAUACAGUACUAAUGCAGCAAGCACCGGUAGCCAGCAUGGUGCUGACUUUUUUUCACCACUGGAACGACUUGAUCAGAGUGUCCUCCAACUUGGUCCAUUUGGGAGCUCAUCAUUUUCUUCAGGCAGUAGCAGUUGUCCGGGAAGCAGUAGGAGUUGGAACAGUGCUGGCGUGCAGAAGCAUCCACCACCGCAGAUUUUUCCUUUAUCUUUUACAGUAACAUGGGACCCAAAGACGAAUCAGUGGAUAGCGCAAGAACUCGUAGAACAACAUGGAGACGCAGACCUAAGGACGCUGAGUAGGCCAAUUUUAUGUGAUGUGCGCGCAUCUGCACCGGUUUCCGAUACCGAUCUUAGCAUCACAUUCCUGGAGGAAGGGAUGCAUAGUGCUGGACCUGGUGCUUGGAUGAACAAUUUUACCAACGCUCAGGGACAGCAACAGCAGGCUAGCGGUAGAGUGACGCCCCCACUGCCGGGAGAGGAACAACAAAUAGUCGGUGUUAGUACGGCCAAGCGACCUUCCGGUACUAGUACAACUGGUUCAUUCGGUGGAAAAUCAUCAACGAAAAUCCUGAAAUAUCUAGACGCUGAGGUCCUCACAGCCGACGAUCUCAACGCCGCAAUAGAGACGCAACCACCAAGCGGCCUUAGCCAAGACGGUGUGCCGACAUUAGCUUCAGAGGAUUCAAUUCCAGGCCUGCCAAGGACCGACUCAGUCUUCGUGCAAUUCGCUGGAGGCAAUAAAACGUCAAAGCUUCAAAUUGGUGCAACCGGGCCGAAUCUCCUUCCCCACAACCCUAAUGCUACAAUUUGCCCCACAAACAAUAAUGCUUCCGCGUCGAAUAGCAAAAAUUCAACUGCUCAUCUGGCCAUGAAGAGCAGUGCUGCAAAUAGUAGAGCGAAUAUGUCUCCCACUGCAGCGGCAAUCCCAGUUGGCUGUAGCAGCACGUCAUGUCCUGGUUGUGGUGCAGCGCUGCUUCACCAGGCCAGUCGGCUUGACGGCGUAGUUCAUUCAACGGUCCUAUUGCCAGAGGAGUUUAGAAAACGCAACGAACCUCCGAGGCAUCCCGGUGCGUUCUUGGAACAGAAGAGGCAAAGCCUGAAGGACGAAGAGGAGGCGAGAAACAAGGCCGACUUAGCGUUGCAAGCCCAGCAACAAAGAGACGAGGAGACAAAACUAUGGACGCCGUUGAGUGAAGACGGCAUAGAAAAAUGCCUGCAAUUGGCUCUGAGAAAAAUCCACAUCUCCAAUGAACACGCUGCCGACGAUACGGAAAAAGACUUGCUCUUCAUUGAAGAGUUUUUGCAUUCUUCGAUAACGUUGCUCCCUAGCUUUGGCGAGCGGCACGUGCAGAAAAUACGGCUUCUCGUCGUAGCAGGGUAUAUUCUAGCAGCACCAGCGUUUUAUUGUACCUGGGAUACAGAAGGCGUCUGCUCUCCGCCAGACGACAACUCCAGUCCUUACAUCAAGGCCCUGUACUUCACAGCGGUGUCGCUAAGUACAGUAGGGUUUGGAGACGUUACACCGGCAAGCGACAUUGCGAAGGUAUCAUUGGUUCUUCUUCUUGUAGUUACAAGAUGAGUCACUAGUACUUACAUCAUCCUCAUCGUAAAACUGUUGAAUCGUUCUUUUGAAAAUGAAGUGCUCCACUGCUAACUCGGUGUUUCAUUUUCGUAGUUUGUAGUCCCAGCAAAAAUACUUUAAUUAUUCUAAAAACGCCGCAUGAUGUUGACCUUGUUGUUUUUUUAACCUGGUGCACAACAUGCACAACAACUACAGAUUUUCACGAUUUUUUACCUUCUUUUCGGCCUCGCGAUUAUCUUGGGAGCGAUGCUAGAGCUGGUAGCUGAUGCUCUCGACAUGUACUUCGACUACCUUGAGGAGAAGGAGAAGCGCAAGAAGCUUGAGACCCAAAAGAAGAAGAAGAGGAAGAAAAUGAUAGAAGCGAUUCGGUCGAAAGCACAAGCUGCAAUAGAGAGGGACAUGGAAAACUACGUUGAUGCAGGAGGAGCAGAAGCAGAUAGAAUAAAGGCUAGGAAAGAAAAAUUGAGAGGUACUACUUACUCCUAGAAGUAGAUGUUUUUAGAGAACACAGACCUGCUCAUAGACAUAGUUCAAACCUCGUAAUGUGAGUUACUUUCUUGUAAUUGCAUGCCGGUGUCAGUUGUUAAUGAAACUUGAACAAAUAACACAGUAAUGAAACUUGCUUCUGUGGAUCCACAGCAUUCAUUUUUUAUGCCAACUCUUCAAUUUUUGAUUAUCUCUUUUUCACCCACACGCAACAGCUUCAACGCAAGCCCGGCUGGACAAUGUUCUUUCAGAAGAGGCUCUAGGUGCCGUGGACGAACAACUAGAGCAGGAACUUCGCCUGGCCGUAGAAGCCGACGCUUAUUCCGACGUGAGUGACGAACAAAAGCUUACCCCGGAACAAAGGGCAGAAAGAGCCAAGGAUCGGCUAACGAGGUGUGCGAACAACAUCCUACUAGACCAUAUUUGGAACUGUCUAAACGUGACUCUAUUGCGUGGUUGCAUUCAAGGGUCCUUUCGUGCGCUGUGGUAUAUCGCGCCGCCACCAUUGAAGUGGCUGCUAAAGUACCUCUGGGAAACGGUCGUUGACAUCGUUCUAGGCCGAACGCCUCUGGAGCGUAGCUGCGCGAUUCUCGUCUAUCGAAAACUGUUCGAAACGCUGUGUUUGAUUUUCUUCCCAGCCUUGCUAGGAGCAAGCGUUAUUGGCACAUUGGAAGAUUGGGACUGGAUUGAUUCUGCUUAUUGGUCCGUCGUCGCCGUGACCACAGUCGGCUACGGUGACCUCGUUAUCACCGAAAUGAGUUCUCGCAUUUUUUGCAUUGGGUAUUUGUUGAUUGCGGCAACUACGGUUUCGGCUGCGCUAGGAAAUUUAGCGUCCGUGCACGUCCUGAAGCGACGCAUGGUCAAGGAAUGGAGGUUUAAACAGAGAAAGCUGACCCCAGACAUGAUGGCGGAGAUGGACACGGACGGAGACGGCGUAGACCAAUUUGAAUUCUGCCUGGCGACGUUAGUCGCAACGGAGAAGGUAGAAAGAGUCGACUUGGAACCAAUUAUGGAAAAAUUCAGAGAGUUGGACGCAGACAAGUCAGGCGUGCUGACGAAAGCAGACAUGUUGGUCAGGGCAGAGAAAAUGGACGAUAAGGAUGAAGAAUAAUAAUGGAAGUGAUGUCAUCAGGUACAACUGUAAAGAGUAAGAGUUCAGCGUCAUUAUACAGGACAAGGUUAUUUACAACUGUAAAGAGUAAGAGUUCAGCGUCAUUAUACAGGACAAGGUUAUUUACAACUGUAAAGAGUAAGAGUUCAGCGUCAUUAUACAGGACAAGGUUAUUUACAACUGUAAAGAGUAAGAGUCCAGCGUCAUUAUACAGGACAAGCUUAUACUCAAUCCUUGUUGUCCUACUCCUCUAAGAGUAGUAUCGAGCCUACUCAGGGCAAGGAGCUUACCUCACUCUUUGUGCUCACCUCACUGCCUGUCCUGAUGAGUUCAGCUUACCGUAUAACUGUAAACAAUAGUGGAAGUGAUCAUCAGGUAAUUUGUUGUAGGAGCUUAUCGUGUUGUAACUCAUUGCUUUGAUGUGAAAAAGUGCAACUCCAACUCAAACUCAAUAUUUUCAGCUCCUGGUAGGCUUACGACCAUAUCAUAAAGGUAAAAUGCAAUUCAUUGCUGCAUCAUGUACUACUUGUUGUAGAAAAAAUCGGGGCAUGUCAGCAAUGUCCAGCGCUAGCAGGUUUUUUUAGCGAUUUAGCGUUGAGCUUUGUGGUGCCACGUUGUUAUCCAAGUUGGAAAUAUGAUCAAUACUCGAAAAAUAAUCAGCAGUAUAUAUCUAUCUAUGUACUUAUGCAACCUACUCUUUCCCGUUCGUCUUUUUUUGACAGCUACAACAGCGUUCAUUGGUUAUGUGUUUGAUUUUCAGUUCAUAUACAACAUCUUGUUCAACAUUUUUAAACGUGAAGAUUUGGUGACCGUCACCGGCACAUCAUUUACUUGCUUAUUUCAGUUUAUCGGAUACAUGAAGCGACAUGAGGAUCUUAAAUCAACAUCAUGGUUAAGCUGCUCUCGGCGUUUUUCCUCAAGGCCGUGAUGUUGGGAAUGUUUGAAGUUAAUAACGGGAAGAUUUGGUGACCGGCACUGGCCGCGGCAUCCUCGCAACAUCGUGCCAAUAUGAGUGAGGCGUUCUGGUGCGAACCUGAUCAUUCUUGGGUGUGCAUGUUCUGAAUCUGUAUUUGAAU